GUUGGUAUUUCGCACAAAUCUGGUCACACUGCAGUGCGUGCUGAAAUCGAUAACCGAUAGCUUCAGUCAUACAUUGAAGACCGAUUGGCACCGCCGGACCAGGAGAAAAGUACGCAAGGAAAUCGUGCAAAAUGUUCAAAAAAUUCGAGGAGAAGGACAGCAUUUCCAGCAUUCAGCAGCUGAAGUCGUCGGUGCAGAAGGGCAUACGUGCCAAGUUGCUGGAGGCGUAUCCCAAGUUGGAGUCCCACAUCGACCUGAUCCUGCCCAAGAAAGACUCGUACCGCAUCGCCAAGUGCCAUGACCACAUCGAACUGCUGCUGAAUGGAGCCGGCGAACAGGUGUUCUUCCGCCACCGCGAUGGCCCCUGGAUGCCCACGCUGCGGCUCCUGCACAAGUUCCCCUACUUCGUGACCAUGCAGCAAGUGGACAAAGGCGCCAUCCGCUUCGUACUGAGCGGCGCCAACGUCAUGUGUCCCGGCCUCACUUCUCCAGGCGCCUGCAUGACGCCGGCCGACAAGGACACCGUGGUGGCUAUCAUGGCUGAAGGCAAGGAGCACGCCCUGGCCAUUGGACUGCUCACGCUAUCCACACAGGAAAUUCUGGCGAAGAACAAAGGCAUCGGCAUCGAGACGUACCACUUCCUCAACGACGGCCUGUGGAAGUCGAAGCCCGUGAAGUAGGCGAAAUAGGAAUCUGCACUUGCACUUUUUAGUCUUCUAUGUCAUGAGAGCAAAGAAUGGUUUUUGAUAUACGCAACUGAAUACUGUUUAUUAUUUUUUUUUCUCUCCUAAUUUUACUCUGUCAGUUAAACUAUUUAAAUCAAUGCGAAAUAUAAUUAAUGGCAUUUAAA